AUGGCACCGGUUUUUCCUGUUCAUAAGCAUCGGUUUCCCCUGGCGGGUUCCGAGAAGGAACCGCGGGACAAAGUGGUAAGAGUGUCGUUCUCGGAAAACCUUCGUGAAUAUUGCCUCAAUACCACCAUCCAUGGGCUGAAGUACAUUGGAACGGUUUCAAUGACGGUAUGGGAACGGGCGUACUUCUUCCUCACCUUCCUCAUCGUGACCGUCUGCUCCAUCUACUUCAUCUCGAACGUCUACAUCAAGUGGCAAUCGUCGCCCAUUAUCAUCGGGCUCAAUCCGAUUGCGACGCACAUCCGAAACAUUCCCUUCCCCGCGGUUACCAUCUGCAACAUGAACCAGGUGCGACGGGAGGCGGCCGAGCGUAUCGAGGCACACACGCUAGAACAGUCGGUCCUGCAGAGCAUCUGCUCCAUCGAUGGAGACUUUAACGUCACUACGUACGAGGGCAAAUGGUCCGUGGUGAAGAAGCUUCUGUUGAGUGCGACACAACCAUGCUCCGGACUGCUGAAAGCAUGCCGCUUCGCUAAGCAUCCGGAAAAGUGUACCGAAAUUUUCCAAUCCGUCUUCACCGACGAAGGACUGUGCUGUACGUUUAAUACGCUCGAUUCGGAAUACAUGUUUCAGAAAGAAAAUGCGCUCAACAUUUUCCCGAAGGAAACGAGCGAUGCCGUGGGACGUUUCCGACCCAUUCUCUGGACGCCCGAGACCGGUUUCGUAAGCCAUCCGACGAACAACAGCUUCCCGCGGGUCAUUGCUGGAACGGGAGUUACGAUGGGGCUCGCCAUCGUGCUCGACGCGAAUGUGAGCGACUAUUACUGCUCGUCAACGUCCUCGACCGGGUUUAAGAUCAUUUUUCACAGCCCAACCGAGUCGCCGAAAAUCACCGACUUUGCGCAGUACAUUCCGGUGGGCUCGGAGAACCGCAUUAUCAUCACGCCGAAAAUCAACGACGCGGCGGAAACGAUUCGUAAGGUGGCCCAAUCGCAACGGCAAUGUGUGUUCGCCAACGAGGCCAACCUGUCCUACUACAGUGUGUACUCGCGCAACAACUGCGAGUUGGAGUGUGAAGCGAAGCUGAUCCUGGAAAACUGUGGCUGUGUCCUGUACUACCUGCCGAAACUGUACGAGGACACGAAGAUCUGCAGCCGGGCGAAUGCCCGCUGUUACGAGCAGAUACGCAGCUCGAUCGCAUUUACGGCGAAUACGAGUUUGUCGUGCACCUGUUUGCCCGGAUGUUUUGAGGUGAGCUACGUGCCGGACGUGACAACGGCGGAAUUGCAAGUCGGACAGUUUGAAAUUCGUGAACCGAUGCUGAGCGAUGUGAAGGAUGAGCAAUACGCCAAGAAAAAUCUUGCACUGGUAUACAUCUACGUUAAGGAUACCUAUUACCGUAGCUUUACCAAGGGAGAGCUCGUUGGAUUUACAGAUUUUCUAUCUAAUGUUGGUGGACUUCUGGGACUGUUUCUGGGAUUUUCCAUCAUCUCGCUGGUGGAGGUUAUAUACUUCCUAACGCUCCGGCCAUACUGUACCCGAAAACGGCAUCAGGCUAAACUGCAAGAACCCGGCAACGGCCUCAGACAAGAUCCUCGGCGUGAUUUGCUUUGGUUCGGUUCGAAACCUCAUGGAACGACGGCGGUACAGUUCAUUGGACGUUCGUUCGGGCAAGAGUACCAGGACCGGCUCCAUCACCACCAAUACCAGGCUGACGGACGCAGCGUAAUGGUAACUGAGAUUGCUGCCAAAAUCAAACAAAUUGUUCACUCUCGACUGCAACAGGCCGGUGGAUGGUUGCGGAAUACAUUUCGGUCCAGGAGGAACCAGCUUGGCCGUGCCUUCGGUGCCCCCGGAGUACCAACGUAUCCUUUCUACGAAUGA